AUGGGGACCCCGCUGUGCUGCAUUCUGGGAAGGACGCUGCUCCGUGCGCCGCGCAGCCUCCUGGGAGUUGUAGUCGCGGUCCCGAGGCACUGGUGAGUUUACACCAUGGGUAGCACAAAGGAGAAGAGUGACAAUUACAAAGAUGAUCUUCUGCUUAGGAUGGGACUUAAUGAUAAUAAAGCUGGAAUGGAAGGAUUAGAUAAAGAGAAAAUCAACAAAAUUAUAAUGGAAGCCACAAAGGGGUCCAGAUUUUAUGGAAAUGAGCUCAAGAAAGAAAAGCAAGUCAACCAAAGAAUUGAAAAUAUGAUGCAACAAAAAGCUCAAAUUACCAGCCAGCAGCUAAGGAAAGCACAGUUACAGGUUGACAGAUUUGCAAUGGAAUUGGAACAGAGCCGGGAUCUGAACAGUACCAUAGUGCACAUUGACAUGGAUGCUUUCUACGCAGCUGUAGAAAUGAGGGACAAUCCAGAGCUGAAGGAUAAACCCAUUGCUGUAGGAUCAAUGAGUAUGCUGGCUACUUCAAACUACCACGCAAGGAGAUUUGGUGUCCGUGCAGCUAUGCCAGGAUUUAUUGCUAAAAGACUCUGCCCACAGCUUAUUAUAGUGCCCCCAAACUUUGACAAAUACCAAGCUGUGAGUAGAGAGGUUAAGGAAAUCCUUACUGAUUAUGAUCCCAAUUUUAUGGCCAUGAGUCUUGAUGAAGCCUACCUGAAUAUAACAAAGCAUUUAGAGGAAAGAAAAAAUUGGCCUGAGGACAAAAGGAAGUAUUUCAUCACAGCAGGGAACUCUCUAGAAAACGAUAAACCAGGAAAGGAAGUUAAUAAACUGAGUGAGCAUGAAAGAUCCAUCUCUCCACUCCUUUUUGAAGAUAGUCCUCCUGAUCUGCAGUCCCCAGGAAAUCCUUUCCAAGUGAACUUUGAAGAACCAAAAAAUCCUCAAAUACACCAAAACUCAAUUGUUUUUGGAACAUCAGCGGAGGAAGUGGUAAAGGAAAUUCGUUUCAGAAUCGAGCAGAAAACAACCCUCACGGCCAGUGCAGGCAUUGCACCCAAUACGAUGUUAGCGAAAGUAUGCAGUGAUAAGAAUAAACCAAAUGGACAAUACCAAAUUCUACCUAACAGGCAAGCUGUAAUGGACUUCAUCAAGGACUUACCCAUUAGAAAGGUUUCUGGAAUAGGAAAAGUUACAGAGAAAAUGUUAAAGGCCCUUGGAAUUAUUACUUGUACAGAACUGUACCAACAGAGGGCGUUACUUUCUCUCCUUUUCUCUGAAACAUCUUGGCAUCAUUUCCUUCAUAUUUCCCUGGGUCUAGGUUCAACACACCUGGCAAGGGAUGGAGAGAGGAAAAGCAUGAGUGUUGAGAGGACAUUCAGUGAGAUAAGUAAAGCAGAAGAACAGUACAGCUUGUGCCAAGAACUUUGCAGUGAACUUGCUCAAGAUCUGCAGAAAAAGGGACUUAAGGGUAGAACUGUUACCAUUAAGCUAAAGAAUGUGAAUUUUGAAGUAAAAACUCGUGCCUCUACAGUUUCAGCUGUUGUGUCAACUGCAGAAGAAAUAUUUGUUAUAGCUAAAGAACUGCUAAGAACAGAAAUUGAUGCUGAUUUUCCACAUCCCUUGAGAUUAAGACUUAUGGGGGUGCGGCUCUCUGGUUUUCCCAAUGAAGAGGAGAAGAAACACCAACAAAGGAGCAUUAUUGGCUUCUUACAGCCUGGAAACCAAGCCCUUCCAGCUACCGGGUGUAUACUAGAGAAAACUGACAAAGAUCAGUUUCUAAAACCUGCACAAAUGUCUCAUAAGAAGAGUUUCUUUGAUAAAAAACGAUCUGAAAGGAAAGCAAGCCCUCAAGACACAUUUACAUGUGAAACCAUAAAUAAACAAAGUUUGCAAACAUCACAGUCAUUCCAAGUUUUAAACAAGAAGAUGAGUGAGAAUUUAGAAACAGUGGAGAAAUCACAUAACUGUCAGACAUUUAUCUGUCCUGUUUGCUUUAGGGAGCAAGGAAGCAUCAGUCUGGAAGCCUUCAAUAAACAUGUAGAUGCAUGUCUUGAUGGACCUUCCAUCAGUGGAAACUCCAAAAUGUCCUCGUGUUCCCACGCUUCCUCUACAGAAGUAAAUGAGAAAGAAAGUGUAUGUGAUUCUGUUUCUCCCUGUGAGAAGCAGGGUUAUGAAACCCACCAGAAGAAUACAGAGAUCACGUCAGUAGAUCCUGUAGAGAUGGUAGAGACUACCAGUAAACCAUCAAAUACAGAAGAUACAAGUGCUUUAAGUAAUAAGCCCAGCGAAGAGGAAUGUUCUGGUCUUUCGAGCAAAUCAUUUAAUAUGGAACACUGUCCUCAGAAUUCUUGUACUGUUUCAUUGGAAAAUGAAGAUGUUGGGUCAUUAAGAAGGCAAGAAUCCCCCCAACCUAAUUUAUAUGAAGUAAUCAGUGACCAAGUUCUAGUUUGUCCUGUUUGUAACCUAGAACAAAAGACUUCAGAUCUUACCGUAUUCAAUGUGCAUGUAGAUGUUUGCUUAAAUAAAGGCAUUAUCCAGGAACUGAGAAAGGAUAAGAUUAAUCCGUGUAACAAACCCGAAGAAAGCACCAAAAGUACUGAUAACUCAGGCAAAGUGCAGAAGACUGGAAACAAAGCAAAAAGGCCAGGAUCGCUGACAAAGUACUCAGCAUCAAAGAAAACAAAACCGAACAACCCCAGACACACUCUUGAUAUAUUUUUUAAAUGA